UACAGAGUUAGCCCUUAUAAUUCCCACUCAUUAUUUUUGUUGCUUAAAGCUUGCCCUCUCCUCUCCCUUAUCCUCUAUCAUUCAUUCUCUCUCUCUCUCUCUCUCUCCACAGAGAGAACAACUCAGCUGCAAUCUCCCAUCUGAAAGGAAUUCCAUGCUCCACAACUCACACAAAAGAGAGACCCACUAGCCCACUAAGCGUUAGAAUUUGAGGGUCACCCUCACCUCCUAGCUACACACACAACAACAUACAUAGCAAAAAAAAAAAAGGAAAGAAAUCUAGUGGCAGUACUACUACUUCCACUAUAGCUGCUAGCUACCAGAUAGGAGAAAAGAAAGAGAGAUUUUUUUUUAAUAAACCCCACCAAUUCAUUUAUUCUUUUUUCCUUAAAAAAAGUGCUUAUAGGGAAGCUUGGUUAUAUGAGAUAACAAGAUCAUGGAAUUGGAAGCUGAUCAUCAAAAUGGGAUCCGAAGCAGACCCAAUUUCCCUCUGCAGCUGUUAGAGAAAAAGGACGUUGAUGACGUCACGGAACAACCUUGUUCCACCGCCACAAGAGAUGGUGUUGUCACAGUUGCUGUUACUACUACCACUACUACUACUAAUAACAACCUCCACUUGGCGGAGGCGAAGAAAGCUCCGCCAAAGCGGAGUUCCACGAAGGACCGUCACACGAAGGUUGAUGGGCGAGGCCGCCGGAUCCGCAUGCCGGCGGCCUGCGCAGCCAGAGUGUUCCAGCUCACGCGUGAGCUGGGACACAAGUCUGAUGGUGAGACCAUAGAAUGGCUCCUCCAGCAGGCGGAGCCAGCGGUCAUCGCCGCCACCGGCACCGGCACCAUCCCCGCCAACUUCACCUCUCUCAACAUCUCCCUCCGCAGCUCCGGCUCCACCAUGUCGGCGCCGUCACACUAUUUCCGCGGGAAUUACUUCAACCCUAGCACGUUCUCUACCUCUACUGCUGCUACUGCCGCCGCCGCCGCGGCGCAGCUGAGAAACCGAGCGGAGUGGGACCGGAACAUGAGCAUGGUGAUGGAGGAUUCUCGUAGGAGCAUGUUGGAGAACAGUUCUUCCAUCUCCGCGAUUUUGAAUUUCAACCCUAUGGGCAACGUGAAUGUAAUUCAACAAGCGAAGCAGGAGCUCCGGGAAGAAUCCGGCGGCGGCGGCGGUCUUGAAUCGGUGGCUUCGGAUUCCGAUGGAGGCUUAGGGAGAAAGAGAAGGCCGGAGCAAGAGCUGUCACAAAUGGGAAGCUAUUUGAUACAAUCGAGCACAGGGUCGCUUCCGGCGAGCCACGCUUCCAAUACGGCGGCGUUUUGGAUGGUGGCGGGUCACGGUAACCAAGGCAUGAAUGGUGGUGGCGGCGUCGGCGGCGGCAACAAUGGCGGCGAUAAUCCCAUUUGGGCAAUUCCCUCUGUUGGGAAUAGUGGCGUGUAUAGAGGAGCUAUGUCUGCUCCGGGUGGCAUUCAUUUCAUGAAUUUUGCUUCUCCGAUGUCCCUUAUGCCAGGUGGUCAACUAGGUUCCGGCAUGGUUGGCGGCGGCGGAGGCGGUGGCGGUGGCGGUGGUGGUGGUGGUCAACUUCUAAGUGAAAGCAACUUAGGCAUGCUUGCUGCCCUCAAUGCCUAUAGGCAAAUUCCGGCGAACGGCGUCUCGGAGUCUCCGGCCAGCGCCGGGCAACCUCACGGCGGAGAUGACGGACGUGACUCCACCAGUCAACAUUCAUGAAGGUCAAAUAAUCACAAGUGUAUGAUCUGAUGCUAGCUUCUUAAUUUUUCUUUUAAUCACUAUAUUAAUUACUAGUGCUACUAUCACUACUACUAUAUAUAUAUUAGUGCUAUUAAUUAAUGGUUUCCAAAAAUAUAUAUUAAAUACGUAAUUAUAUAUGUUAUGUCCCUUUGCAAAAGAUGCAAGCGCAAGUUUGAUUGCUUUGGUAUAUUGAGUUCAGUAUGCAAUUUUGGACCUUUGGUGUGAUGAUUUAAUUUUUUCUGAGGAUCAUGUUAGGGUUCGAGAAGAAAUAUAAUAUACACGUAUAUUAAUUUUUUCCAUAUAAAGGUUUAUGAAUCAGAUCGUUGUUUCAUGAUCUGGUAUUAUGAUUAUUUGUUGCUUGGUAGUGCACUAUGAUCAGCUGUCAUGAUUUUGUUUA